AUGCGCUGCUUAUGGAUUGAUGGAUUGAUGAUGAUGCGCCUCGGCCUCGGUUAUCAGUUGCUCGCAAUCUCCGGUCGGGGCAGUGUUGAUUUCGACAUGACAAGCAAGAGUAUGCCUCCACCUUCCACGAUGAGCAACAGCGGAGACUUCGAUGACCUCGGUUCAGCAGAGAUUUUCUCGAUUUACAUCGCUGGAGCGGAGAAAUACGACAAGGCGAUCGUGGAAGGCUGGCGCAGGGACAUGGAGGGCCUGUUGAUAUUCGCCGGCCUGUUCUCAAGUGUCCUGACGGCAUUCAUCAUCGAAAGCUACCAGAAGCUGUCUCCGGAUCCAGCCCAGGCUACUUUACAAGCCUUGGCACUGAUCUCAGCCCAGCUGUCGGCCAUUGCCAAUGGGACACAGCUGGCUGUAGACGUUCCCGGAACCGACCCAUUCACACCAUCGGCCGCGUCUGUUGCAUGCAACAUCUUCCUGUUCAUCAGCUUGGGACUCAGCCUUGCUUGCGCUCUUCUCGCGACGCUCGUUGAACAAUGGGCCCGACAUUUCCUGCAGAAGGUCGAUGCUCGGUCCUCUCCCCUCGUGCGCGCGCGCGUUCUGUCGUAUCUCUAUUUUGGCGCCAAACGUUUCAAAAUGCAUGACAUCGUCGAGAUAGUUCCGAUGCUGCUGCAUCUUUCGCUGACGUUCUUUCUCGCUGGCCUGAUCGCUUUGCUACGGCCGAUCAACAGCACGGUCAUGAUUGUCUCCGUGCUCAUGUUUGUCUUUGUGCUUGUGAUUUACUGCGGGGCCACGGUCCUGCCCCUGAAGUUUUCGGACUGCCCUUACCGGACGCCUCUCACCCAUAUCUGCUGGCGCUUUUACAACUUUUAUCGAUCGCUUCAGCUUUCUCAAGUAGUUGACUGCGAAAAGGGGCUCACAAGGUCGGUCAAAUCCCCUCCCAACUCACAAACGACGCUAGUGGCAAGAACCAUGACCGAAGUGAUGGUGAUGGAUGCGACCCAGCCAUCCGUUUACCGAACCGAUCGCGAUCUGUCAGCCCUGCGAUGGACGGUUAAAUCGCUCAGCGACAAUGACGAGCUUGCCCCGUUUGUUGAACGUCUUCCUUUAGCCCUCUGGGGUCCCCGUGGACCCCGUCCUGUCCAAGCCAGACUACUCCUCUCGCUCGUCGCCGACCCCGAGACCGAUUUGAUCCGUCGGAUGCAAAAUCUGCUGGACAGCGGGGAGCAGGGCUUGCUGGAGUCCGGCACACGGCUCCGCCGCAAAUUGUCGGUCGGCCGGGCUGUGUCCGCUCUCGCCAGAUUGUGCUCUACGGACGAUGGAUACCUGCCGAUGAUCUCCAAUGUGCUGCGCUUCGACACGGCGUCCUUCUUUCCCGCGCGGUUCUCCUCUGGGGAGGUGGCUUCCGCGUUCUCCCUCUCACUGUGUGCUCUGCUGGAAUGCUGCCACUAUCGGAACGUCGAGUCGGUUCUCAGGCGAGCGGAGACAGAAAUUCUGACGGAGUCCGGAAACGACGCCGUGUCUGCUGAGCUGCUUCUUGAACUGCAGCAGGCCAUUUCGGGCUAUCAGCUCUUCAUCCGAACAUCACGUCUGCACACAGUUCACCGCCGAGAUCAUCUUGAUGCUCUGUCGGAUCUCACCGAGGAAAGCCUGUUGCCGGAGAAAAUCCGGAACAUCCGCUCUGAGCUCAUCAGAGCCUUGUUCAUUCUUCUCUCUACAUAUAUUCUGCGCACGACUGAAUCUGAAGAGACUCCGGACGAAUUCGACACUACAUGCUCGACUCUGAGAUCCUUGCUUGGCACCUCCUCUGCCGACAUUGAAACAUGUGUCUUGUUUUACUACGAUUUCAAGGUCCUCAUCGACAGACGGGCUAAAUACGGAUGCGACGCCGAGAAGGUCAACCCGUGUGUCGAUGCCGGGAUGUCUGUCCUGCUUGCGUACUGCAUGGGAGCGGUCGAGGUCCUCGCUCACAAUCAGUCUCCGCCGUGGCCAUUCGAUGUUCUCGGCGACAAGAUACUGUCGUUCUGUGCACUUUUCAGCACACCGCUAAGAUGCAGCAACGCACUGGAUCUUCUCCUCGCGCACGUGCCAAAAUCGGUCUUCUACCGUUUCAUGUCCCUCUACAUCCGGGGCGCACGGUCCGGGCCACUUCAUCCGAGACACAACAGAACGAUACGCGAGCAGUUGCUGCACGGGCUGUUCAACCUGAUUUGCGGGGCGGACGGUGCGCCGCGCCGGGACGCGAGCGUCGUCGGCGAGAGUCAGUUCAUGCAGGCUCUGAUCAAGGUCUCGAACAGCGCUGUGGCCCCAUCGCUCGCGGCCAUCAUGACGAGGAACUCCCUCGUGUCCCUCAACCUGCUUUGGAGCCACCAGGUCGACCGUGCCCUCGCGGAAAGAAUGCCGGAGAGCACCGCGCUGCUGCUCAAAAUAAGCCGCUCGCCGAUUUUUCCGGCUCUGACAGCGGCGGUCCUCCCUGCCCGGAACUGCAGUCUGCAUCCCCUCUCACUCGAGGCGCUGAGAUCGCUGAGUUGUGGGUUUCAGGUCCGCAUCCGAGAAGCGACACUAGUUUGCAUCGGGCGUUUCCUGCGAGCGUGCGCGAGCUCGCCGAAGAUCCACGCGGCCAAGGAGGUCCUGGAGGGACUCUAUCUGACCCUCGAAAGCAGCAUUCACAUGCCGCUCAGCCUCGCGGACGUGCCGAUUCCCCACAGGCAGCACCAACUAGACUUUGUUCGCGCGCUCCUCGAGCUGAAUCUGCGCGCGACCGGCGACAAUGCAGUGCUGCGAGCGGUCUUGUUGGACUCCGAGGACCGGUCGCGUGGCGCUGGAGAGCGGAUAUGGCUGGAUGGACUGCGCUUUCAUAUCGACUGCAUCGAGGCAUAUCAGCUCUUGAGAGACGGAUUGAGACGCAGUCCGCGGGCGUCUCGGAUCAAGGAUAUAAUCGCCUAUGCCGAUUCAGAAGUGGCCCGGUUGAACGACUUUGCAUGA